AAACAUGCCAGGCGUUUCUAGGUAUGGCAAGAUUGAUCUCCAUAACUCGCUUUCUCUCGCCGGAGUUGCAUAUUCUGGUGAGGUCGAUUUUUACAAAGAUCUAUGUCGCCAUCCAAGCAAGCGGCAGGGGAUUCGAGCUUCUAGAGAUUGUGUUGGACGACGGUCUUCUGGUGGAAGGGGUAGCGCACUUGAUUUCCCUCGAUAAUGGGGCUGAUUAGGGUGUGAUAGGACUGGAGGCCCUUUGGUGACGGCCAGGCUGCUCUUGGGACAGCUGAUAUCGAUGCAGCAGCAGGAGGGCCGAUCUUGUGUUGGAUGAUCAUUGUCGCUGACGCUUCCCAUCUGAGCUACUGUUAAGAGCCCUAAAGGUACUUUUAGAGUUAAGUGUCCUGAACAUUCGGACAUGAGACCAGUUAAUCACGAGGUCUCUCAUUCAACAUCAUUACAAGUUGAAGGUGGUAAAGUGAACAGGCUUUCUUCCACUCCUCUGCUUUCCCCCC